AUGGCCUCGGGUGACAAUGUCGACUACGAAGCCGUCAUGGUGGAUGAGUUUGAUGCACUGAACAUCGAGGUCAGGGUUUCGGCGGGCCCAUCGUCUUCCGUGCCGGGUGCUGCCCUGUCAGCGCCGCGAUGCCCCGGCAUGAGAGCCUUGCCGCAGAAGGCGCCCGUCAUGUCGACGCCUGUGCCGGCCGCCGCUCCGCUUCCAACGCCAUCUGCUGUGGACGACGUGCCAUCUGCUGUGGACGAUGUGGUCAUCCAGAAGGAGACAACGAAAUAUUCAGCGAAACUCCAUGCUGGCAAGGUGGCCGACGAGCUCAAGGCCAGCGCCGGUCUCGUCUUCCUGCCCGGCGAGCCUUCGCGCACCUACGAGUAUUCGGACAUGGGGCCGGCCUUUCAUCAACGCCGCUACUUCUUCUACCUCGCCGGCGUCAACGUCCCUGACUGUGCCGUCACCUACGACCUUGCCGAUGACCGCCUGACCGUCUGGAUCCCCUAUGUCGAGCCCCGCAAGGUCCUCUACAACGGCCGCGUCCCCUCGAUCAAGGACGUCCUCGCGGCCUCUGACGUCGACGAGGUCCGCCACAUGCAGGACCUCCCGGCCUUCCUGCACGCCUACGCCCAUCAGCACGACAAGGCCACCGUCUACCUCCUCGACGCCUCGCAGUCGCACCCGGCCCUCGUCGACAAUGCCCGCGUUCACAUUGACACCGCAGCCCUACGCCCGGCCAUGGACGAGGCUCGCGUCACCAAGACGGCCCAUGAGAUUGCCCUCAUCCGCGAGGCCAACGCCGUCUCCUCAGCCGCGCACCGCGCCGUCAUGCGCCACAUCCGCCGCUUCGCCUCGGAGCGCCAGGUCGCCGCCCUCUUCACCGCCGAGUGCACCGUCCGCGGCGCCCCAACCCAGGCCUACGCGCCCAUCGCCGGCAGCGGCCCCAACGCGGCGACCCUGCACUACGGCGCCAACGACGAGCCCCUCGCCGGUCGCCACGUCCUCGUUCUCGACGCUGGCUGCGAGGUCAACUGCUACGCCAGCGACAUCACGCGCACCCUGCCCCUGGGCCCCACCGGCCACUUCACGCCCGAGGCCCGCCACAUCUACGACCUCGUCGAGCGCAUGCAGGAGGCCUGCGUCGCCGCCGUCGCCCCCGGCCUCCUCUACUACAGCCUGCAUCUCAAGGCCAGCGCCAUCGCCCUGCGCGGCUUGCUGCGUCUCGGCAUCCUCAAGGGCGACGAGAAGGCCAUCUGGGCCGCCGGCACCGUCGCCGCCUUUUUCCCGCACGGGCUCGGCCACCACAUUGGCCUCGAGACGCACGACGUCACCGGCCGCGACCGGCUCCUUCUCGCCGCUGGCGAACGAGAGCCGCGCGCCAAGAGGGACGCUGUCUCGGCCGAGAUGCUCGUCGGCCUGGCGGCGGCCGUGGCAACGGGACCGCCGUACCGCGGCAAGCAGAUGCUUCGGCCGGGCAUGGUCGUCACGGUCGAGCCGGGCAUCUACUUCAACAAGGACUACAUCGAAGGCUACUUCCUGCGCGAGGAUAAGCACCGCGCCUUCAUCGAUCGUGACGUGCUGGCGAGGUAUUACCCCGUCGGCGGCGUCCGCAUCGAGGACUGCAUCCUCGUGACGGACGACGGGUACGAGAACUUGACAGAGGCGCCCAAGGGCGAGGACAUGCUGCGGAUCAUCCGGGGGGAGGCGCAGUGA